AUGAUCCUGUUAAUAAAUCUACUUUUAUUAAUCGUUGGUACAUCAUGUUUUACUUAUCAUAAUGAAAUAAUUGUUUCAUCAAAAGAGAUUGAUGAUAUAACCGAUGAUAAUAAAUAUUCAUAUAGUCCAAUUGUACAAUGUCAUUUUCUUCCAUCAGAUUAUUAUGAAUGUGAAUCAGUUGAAGAUAUACCAGAAAAUGACACCAGAUCAUGCCAAAAAAGAAAUGGACGUCGAUUUGGUGGUGAAAAAUAUAUUGAAGUAGAGCAUACUUCAAUUCGUUGUCGAAUAUUUGAUGGAAUUGAAUGUAAAGGAAAUCGUUCAUUUUUAAUUGAUAACAUUCCGUGUAUUAAAUAUUCUUCGCAUUAUUUUAUUUCGACACUUUUAUAUUCAAUUUUUUUGGGUUUAUUUGCUGUUGAUAGAUAUUCUCUUGGUCAUAUUGGAAUUGCUGUUGGAAAAAUGAUUACACUCGGUGGAUUAGGACUUUGGUGGAUUAUUGAUAUUAUUCUUCUCAUUUGCGGAAAAUUAAAUCCUCAAGAUGAUUCAAAUUGGAUUAUUCAACAUUAA